CGACAAAUGCCGCCUAUUAGCAGUAGAGAACCAGCUCGAUUGGCCAAAAGCAUGGCCUUUAAAUGUCAACGGUGUAGGCCCAAUAGGUCCGGGCAAAGGGUCUUCUAACAUAUGUUUAGCUUGGCUUGGACUUGGUGAAAGGUAUAAAGCUGCCUACCUAGUCUCCACCGACUGUUUUGUUUUGUGGCAUCAGCCAAAACCUCGAUCUACACCAGUCUAGCGCCCAGAACGAGAGAAGUGAAGAAACGAUGCUAUCGGAGUUCUGUCCCAGCUAUGGGCCUCUCUUCGGAGUUCUCGGCUGUACAAGCGCCAUUGUAUUCACGAGCAUCGGGGCAGCCUACGGAACCGCAAAGGCCGGGGUGGGCGUUUGUUCAUCGGGCGUCCUACGGCCGGACUUGAUCGUCAAAAACAUCGUGCCCAUCGUUAUGGCCGGUAUCCUAGGCAUCUACGGCCUCGUUGUUUCAGUACUGAUAGCCAACAACCUCGCGCAGGAGAUGACUCUGUACACUAGUCUGCUUCAGUUGGGCGCCGGCCUGGCGGUUGGGCUUUGUGGAAUGGCCGCUGGGUUUGCGAUUGGGACUGUCGGCGAUGCGGGGGUGAGAGGGACCGCGCAGCAGUCGAGGCUUUAUGUGGGCAUGAUUCUUAUUUUAAUCUUUGCUGAGGUCUUGGGAUUGUACGGCUUGAUUGUCGCUCUAUUGAUGAACUCCAGGACAGGCGUUGUCGACUUUAAGUGCAGUAGCUGAUUCUUUAAGAUUCAGUCUGGCACGCUGGAUCUACGAUAACAAGGUUGUGCGUGUAUCCAAAUACGCGCCCGCUCGACCCAUGGGAAAGCUUGAAUCCCUUCUACUCUCAGUAGUAACUGAGUAUACAUGUACACCUCAUAUGUUAUCCAUUACGAGGUUAUACCUGCCUCCAGAAUCUUUCAUCAAGGUACCUUAAUGCUAUACAGUCGAGGAGUUUCUGUCCUGAGAGAAAUCAUGGAAAUUGUAUACUAGCGACUCUGUUAGCCAUGGGCCCAUUAGCCAUUAUAGAUUCCGCCGAUUUGGUAGGUACUUCGCUAGCUUGGUUGAGAGGACUAACCUGCAAGUCUAUCCUCGAUAUGCCAUUGACAAUAAUGAAAGGUUAGCACUCAUCCCCAGAAAGUACAUAUUGUCCCCGGGCAUGAGAAAUGCACCUCGCACGGCACCCCUAGGCCAUCUUCUGGGAGAUGGUCGCAUCUGGUUCACAUG